AAACGUUACGUCAUCAAAGUUGGCGGUAUUUUGAAAAAGAAGCGUCUGUUUUGUUGUGGUUCGCUUAGCGAAGAAAAACCAGUAACAUUUGCAAAUUAUGGAUGAGGUGAACCCAGGCAGCCAGGCAGCAGCAGAGCUGUCACAGGCUGCUCAGGCGGAGCUGCUGGACAUGUGUGAGGAUCAGUUUGCUCUGCUUGAAGAGGUUCAGAAUGAGAUUGUGCUGCGUGAACCAGAGCCAUGUGAGAAUCCACAAGAGCAGUCAGAAAAUCAACUGAUAGCAGCAGAAGCUGAACUGAAACAGUGGCUGACACUGGAGCCUGACUUGUUAAUAGGAAAUUCUGAAAUUUUGCUCCAAGCUGCAAAAGAGGAGAUGCUUAAGAUGUGCUCUGAUCUUGAGAUGAUUGUUUCUUGCUGUGAAACAAAGAGAGACAAACUGAGAGAAACAAAAGAACUUGAACAGAAGUGGCUGGAGGAAAAGAAACAGGUGCUGAUAGCUGUCAAUGAUCACACUGAACGACUUCAUAUGGAAAAGGAGCAAUUAUCAGAGCACAGUUUACUGCGGGACAUCAAGGAGAAAAUUGCGAAAAUGAAGGCCUACCAGGACAAGUUGAUGGAGUGCCUGGGAGAUGUCCUGGAUAAGCAUCUUCCUUUGCCUCAGGAUAGAUCCACUUCAAAUAAGAAGAAGAAGAACGCUGAACCAGAGUUAAAUGAAGACCAGGUUUCUCUUACUGAAGUUCUGGAGGUGCUACUGUAGCUGUCUGUCAGAAGGGUCCAAGUACAAAUUCAGCUGAUACUUUAAGGGUUGCGGUGCUUCUAUCAAGAUAGGAAUGAAUGCUUAAAGAUCCAGUGCAGUCAAAUUACAAAUCACUUAGUUCAGGUGAAACCCCAGCUGUGCAGACAGUUUCAUUUUAUUUUGAAAGUUUUGAGAGCCACAAGCUUGUUGCAACAGCACAGUUACAAUUGAUGGGAUAGUUUGUUAUGUUAUAAAGCUUUAAACAAUGGAAUUUGAGAAGCUUCGCUUUGUUUUUACUGUGAACAUCAGGAACUGCGAUUACAUUUACACUCGGUACUUUAUUAGCUAUACUUAGCUAAAACAAGUGCAUUCUAAUCCAACAGUCCUAUAAUAAAUCCUUUCUUCAUGAAGGGGGUAAUGUUCAUGUUGUUGUAAAAAGGUGUUGAUUCAACUGUAUGGUCAGUCUGGAAGAUGCAGUUUGUGAGAGUUUACAGUAAAUAAAUAGCCAUUUUGCCCAUUAUGCUACAUUCAGUAACCCAUAAUGACAAAGUAAAAACUUGUUUUUAGAUUUUUUAUUUUGUUUUUGUGCAAAUUUCUUAAAAAUCAAAACCUGAAAUCUUUCAUUUAAAAGUAUUCAUACGUUUUGCUGUGGCACGCCAAACUGUGGUCAGGAGCAUCGUCUUUACUUUUAAUUAUCCUCAAGAUAAAAUAAAGUCAUGAAGUCCAAGGAACUCUGUGCAAACCUAGGUGUUGAUCAGGGCUGGAGUAUAAAACCAUUUCUAAAGGAGCGCCGUGGUCCCAGUGACUGUGAGUUGGCUAUCCAGCUGAAAAAUUUAGCAAAAGGGAGGUGACCAAGAAGCCAGUGGUCCCUCUAAUAGAGCUGCAGAAGUGCUCUACAGCAAUGGGAGAACCUACCAGAAGGAUGAUCAUCUCUGCAGCUCUCCAUCAAUCGGGCCUUUGUGGUAUCGUGCCUAGACAGAGGCCACUUUGAGUAAAAGGCAUAAAACAGCCUGCGUGGAGUUUGCCAAAUGGCAUCUAAAGGACUCUUGAGACCAUGAUGAAACAGAUUCUCUGGUCUGAUGAGAAAGAAAAUUGAGCUUUGGGCAGAACUCCAAGCACUGUGUUUGGCAAACAUCACCUGACUAGCACCAUUCCUACAGUGAAGCAUGAUGGUGGCAGUAUCAUGCUAUGGGGGUGCUUCUCAGCAGUAGGAACAUGGAGACUGAGGGCAGGAUGAAUGCAGGCUGAUAUAGAGGGGUUCUUGAAGAAAACCUGCUCCAGAGUGCACACAAGCUGAGGCUGAGGUGAUGGUUCACCUUUCAGCAUGGCAGUGACCCAAAGCACACAGCCAAGACAACACUGGAGUGCCUUCAGGACACGUGUAGGACUGCCCUUGAGUAGCCCAGCCAAAGCCCAGACAUAAACCCUAUGAACAUCUGUGGACAGCUCUGAAGAUACUGUUCACAGGCGCUCCCAUCCAGCUUGAUGGAGCCACAGAGGAUCUGCCGGGAAGAAUGGGAUAAACUGCCAAAAUCCAAGAACUUAACCAAGAAGAAUGGAAGCAGUGAUUCCUGGCAAAACGGCUCCUACAAAAGGUCUGAAUACUUUUGUGAAUGAGAGAUGUAGGUUUUGGAUUUUUAAUAAAUUAGCACAAAUUUCUAAGCAUAUGUUUUCAUUUUGCCAAUUUGAGUGUACGCUGAUGGAAAGAAUUGGCAACUUGAAGUCUACAACACUGAAGUGGGCAAAAAGUGAAGGCAUCUGAGUACUUUCUGUAGUCACUGUAAAUAAUAUCUGUAAUAAAUGUCACAGAAGAGUGUUUGAUGGUAAUGAUUGUUAAUAACCUGGGGUCACACCUUCAGGGGCCAUGAUUUUUGAAGGAUUUAGGGCCUGAUUGACCUUUUUCACAGCAGUCGUUCUCAUGUAUUAUAACAGGAAAAAAGGUGUAAUUAAUCCAAUUGCUAAUAGCUGCAUACAGUUUUUCUUACGUCAGCCAGUUCCAUUGCCCUUGCUGCCAACAGAGCCAUUGUUAAUUACACCUGUGUUUUUGCUGCAGUAACCAGUCAGAAUGUCUUCCUGGAGAAGAUUUUGUUGAAAUGCAGACUAUGUGUCUUGUCCUCAAAUAUGUUGAUGGAGAAAUUCCCACCUGUGCUUAUUCUUGGUUCAUGCAGUAAUGACAAUAAUAAAAUUGUUUAUGGUUAUCAUCCUCACUCCUCCUAUGUCCUUGAAUUACAGGACUAUAAUUAUAGUCACAGUUUACUUGAAGGGCAGUCAGCAGUGUUCAACAAUCCUAUAGCAUAUACACAUAAAUAUCCUGUAUUUAAUGAUGAGACAGGAGUUUUGUCAGAUGUCAUCUCUCCAGCUUUCCUGUUUCAGUCCAGUGUGUGUAAACUUAAUACAGGGAAAAUAGAGCUA